CAGAAAUUUUCAUUCUGCGGCAUAACGAGUGGUUUAGUUUAAAUAUUGAAUAAUUUUCUGCGGUCGAAUCGAGAACCGUAGAUUAUGAUGUAUUCAACUAUAGUAACAACUGCCAUAGUGGCUGCUUUAUCUUUAGUAAGUGAUGUUUCAGCAAAGAAAGGUAAAUCCAUUAUCGAAGGCGGCACUGAUAUGGGAUUGGGUGUCAUAGUUCGUCUAGAUCGAGGCAAAGAACCAGAAUCAUUUAAAUCCCGAAUGAAGAUCGUGCAUGGAGAUAAAUUUGAUGAGAAAUUGGAGGGAGAAGUAUCUGGCGGCUUUGAGUCCGUGUUAGCGAUAAACACGGAUCCAGAUGUUUUAGAUAAUAUAUUGGAAGAUGAAGAUGUUAAUGUAGUCGAAUAUGUACAACUUUACCAAAUAGCACGACCGCACGAGACUCGACGGAAUGUCAAUGGCAUAAGUUCAUGGCAUAUGGACAGAAUAAACCAACGUAGUUCAGUUUUGGACAGCGAUGAACAGUUGGAAGCGGGUAAAAAAAUUGGUAAGGAUGUAAACGUGUAUAUAGUCGACACAGGGGUGGACAUCAAACACAAAAGUCUGAAAGGCGCAAACCAUUUUUACAAUGAUUUUCCUGACGAAGGUCCCGAGGAUUUUCUUGGUCAUGGAACCCACGUUGCAGGGUUGGUCGCCGCUCAGGAUUAUGGACCAGCCACCAAUGCUCAAAUCCAAAGUGUCAAAGUGCUAGACAAGUCAGGAUUUGGUACUACGCUAACAAUCAUUUCAGGGCUGAAUAGAGUACUCAACGAAGUCCUGAAGUAUAAGGUUUCAAAGAAGGGUGCUAAGAAGAAAAACAUUGUAGUCAUGUCUCUAUCCGGCCCUCCCUCAAACGUGAUUGAUGCUCUAAUUGUUGAGCUAUAUCUCGCCAAUGUACUAGUUGUGGUAGCUGCAGGCAACGAUGCAGGUGAUUCCUGCUCUGUGACGCCGGGGCGCAACCCUGCAGCACUCACGGUAGCCGCCACUGAUGCCAGCGAUCUUCUCGCACCAUUCACGAAUGUUGGACCUUGUGUCGACAUCUUGGCCCCCGGUUCUGAUAUCGUAUCUCUCGCAUCUGGUGGCGGCACUCAAGUUUACUCUGGCACUAGUAUGGCUGCAUCCAUAGUGGCAGGUGUAGCUGCGAGCUUGUGGUCGCAGGAAAAGAAUCUAAGUGCUCGACAAGUGAGGCGUAUCAUGUUGAUGGGUACCACCUUUCUUGAAGGAGUUACGCACCCCACAACACAAAAUCGAUUCGUAUUUGCAGACGCCGAGGUCGAGAAGACGAAGUUGGAAGAUUUCACGGAGGAUAAGAUCUUGUUUGUCGACUUGGAAACUGCGGCUGGAUUCGAUGGGACUGGAGUUCCCGAUACUAACUGGGAUGAGUGGCUUGCACGCCGAAGGCGAUACCGCAGUAACGUUCCCGACACUACUAUGACCGCUGCUGAAAUUGAAUCAUUCGAUGCCACUAGGUGUAGGUAUCGUGCCUUCUAUGUCGAGGACACCGAUUCUGUGUUAGUAUAUUCCGGCGUGGCUGUUGCCGAGAUAAAGGAGAACGGAGAGGCCAACCUUAAUGGAAUGUUUGACCAUCUAAAUCUGGUGGAUGGGGCUGUGGAUAGCAUCAGUAUCGUAAUGUUUCUUCACGUCGUAGGAGUAGACACUACACUCACCGCCUUCAAUCCCUUGUAUGAUGACGGCACAGUUGUCGGUCCGGUUGCUUUUCAAGAUAAAGCAUCGUUCGAAGCAGCGAGGAGGAGAUAUAGAGGUUGAAACAUAUUAUUCGACACCUUUUGUAUAUAAGACAGUUUUGCAAAAAGAGCACACAUAUUAAAGAUAUUC